GUUCUUCACUGAAGCAAGAAGCAAGCAGAUUACUGAACAUUAUUUUUCAAAAUGUCCAUGUUGGCUGAAAGAAAAAGGAAGCAAAAGUGGUCACUCAAUCCCCGUGGAAAAGAAUGGUCUCAAGAUACCAAUAAAUUUGGUCAGAAACUAUUGGAAAAGAUGGGUUGGCAAAACGGUAAAGGAUUAGGUGCCAAAGAAGAUGGGAUAACUGAACACAUCAAAGUAUCCCACAAAAUGGAUUCCAAAGGAAUGGGGUACAAAGAAACAAAUGAUCAGUGGACAGAGCAUGAAAGCAACUUCACAGCACUUCUAUCAGCAUUAUCUGGAGAUAAGACCAAAGAACCAGAAGAAAUCCAAUUGAAUUCACUGGAGAAAAAGUCUCAAAACUCCAGAGCAAGGGUCCAUUACCACAAGUUCACAAGGGGUAAAGAUUUGAGUAGAUAUUCAGAAAAAGACUUAGCCAACAUAUUUGGCAAAAAGUCACUGAAAAGUGAAACCAAACAAGACAGUAUUGAAGAAACUGAAAAAGCAGACAUAGAAUCUAGAGAUUCAGGUUCUUACUUCAGUGGGGGCUCCAUGAGAGAUUAUUUUAAAAAGAAAUUACCAAACUUUGGUAAGAUCAAUGAUUUCAUUGUUGGCAAUAAUGGGGUGUUGAAAAAGGCAGAGCAGGAUUCAGAAUCAGAGAGUGAAAUUAAACCAAGUUUUGGGUUUGGCUUCAAAAGUGAUGAUACAAAUUCUUCAUCAGCUACCACUAAUCAAACCUCCUUUAUUUCUUAUAUACAAGAAGAUAAGAAAAGAAAAGCAGAAGAAAGCAACCAAGAAGUUUUUUCACCCACUAAAAAGCACAAGAAGGAUAAAAAACAAAAAAACAUUGAUAAUAUGGGGCUAUCAAAUCCAGCUUUUGAUCCAUUGGCUAGUCCUACUAAAAGGACACAAAAUCAUGUUAUAGAUCCAAUUGAAGAAAGUCUCAAUGAAAAUAUCGCCAACAGUUAUCAGUGCCCAGAAAGUGUAGAGAUGUCUGAAAAUUGUCAAGAAGAAUUAACUAAGAAAAAAAAAGGAAAGGAAGAAAUAAAUGAUAUAAGCCCAAAGAAAAAGAGGAAAAACCACACAAUUGAACAUGAUGUGAUAAAAAUUGAAGACCAAGACAUACAAACAAUAACAGAAGUCCAGAACAAAUCAAAGAAAAAGAGGAAAAAACAAAUGGAAAUUGACCUAACUGAAGAUCUAAAUGAAGCAUGCCUAAAAAAUGAAAGAAUCAUUGACCCAAAAUCCUUUGAGAGUAGGUCAGUUGAUAUCAUAGAUAUAACAAAUGAAACAAAAACCUCUAAAAAGAAAAAGAAGAAAAAAGAAAAAUUGCUCUAUGAUAACCCCAGUUAUCAAGUUCAAAACAUAUCCAUAGAAGAAUCAUCAACAAAUAUUGUAGAAAAUCCUUAUGAGGUUAAACCAUCAGAUAAAAAGCAUAAAAAGAAGAAAAAACUUAUAGACAAUGCAGAUGAUAAUCAUAGGAUAAGCAAAAUAAAGAAACCACAACAGACAUUUGAAGUUGAGAAUGCAGGCUUUAGUGACAGUGAAAAUAUGUCUGAAAUCAGCUCACCAAAAGAAAACCCUUAUGAGGUAGAAGUAAAAGGAAAGAAAAAGAAAAAUUGCAAGAAACUUGCUAUUGAGAACCCAAAUUUUGAUGACACAGAAGAUAGUUCUACAACCAACCCCAUCAUUGAAGAGAACCCCUAUGAGGUGAAACCAAAAAAAGAAAAAAAGAAGAAAAGUAAAACAGGAGCAGUGGAAAAUCCCUGUUUCAAUGAUAGUAUGGACUUGAGCAGCACUACUAUUGAAAAUCCAUAUGAAGUCAAGACCAAGAAAAGCAAAGAAUCAAAAAGGAAAGUUGUUUCUACCCAACAGGAAACUCCAAAUCAGGAAAAAGAAAUUGAGGGUAUUGUCAAUCCAGUGAUGAAUUUAGAAACAAACAAUGAUUCAAUCAUUCUAGAAGAAUGUGACCUUAUGUUGAAUAUAGUCUCUACCCCAAUCAUAAAUCCCAAUAAAACUCCAAACACAAACAGUGUCACUAGAGUAAAAAACUUGUCAAGCAGAAAAAGUGUCAGAUUCAGCAACAUAACUCAAGAAUUGAUCAUUCCCAAUAAUGAUGAUUUGCGAGAAAUGUAUAAUAAUGAAGACUCUGAACCAAAAAACUUGAAUUCCAUAUCCAAAACAUUGGAUAACUACCAAGCAGAAAUGGAAAACGAUAUUAAUGAAGAAAAAAUCAAGACUGUGUCUAUGGAAGACAUCAUGGUAGGAGAAGUGGGCAACCCACAUGGAGAAAAUGAGAAACUAUCAGAGGGUACAAAAUUGAAGUUCAAAUAUGCGCACUUUAAUGCAAAAACACCUUUUUAUCAGUUGGACAAGGUUGGGGCAAAGAAGUCCUACAAACAUCUGAUCAAGGGAGAUAUCAUGGUCAAGUUUAAAAAUACCAAUUUGCAUGAGAUUGAGGGUUAUGCAGUUAAUACAAAAUCUGCAGCUUAGUUCUUAAUUGAUUUUAUCUUAUUUAUAAGUAGGUAUAUUGUAUAUUUACAAUGAAUGAUUGGUGGAAAAAGCAGUGAAUAAAAAAGAAGAAAGUUCUU